GGUGGCCAAAGACGCAGCGGGGCCUGAGCGGGGCUGACUGUAAACGCGAUCGCUGUCGCCCGCUGAAAAUCGACGCCGCUCGACAACACCGCAGGGAUCCUCAUCGCCGCCUCGCACAACGGGGGGAGGAAUGUCGGCCGUGAACGUGGAGCACGUCACCUUCGGCGUGCUGAUGGCCGCCAACCUGGGGCUCGGCCUGUACUUCGCCUUCUCGCGGCGGGCCCGCAAGGCGUCCACGGCCGACGAGGUGUUCCUCGGGAGCCGCAGCAUGGGCACGCUGCCGCUGGCCGUGUCCGUGCUCGCCUCCAUGAUCUCGGCGAUCGGCGUCAUCGGCUUCGGGGCUCACUACUACGCGCACGGAUUUCACUACGCCUGGAGCCUGGUGUCGGCGCCGCUUCUCGUGCCCGUCGUCACGCUCGUCGUCAUUCCCGUACUCUACAAGCUGCGCGUCACGUCCGUCUUCGAGUACCUGCGCCUUCGAUACGGGAACAAAGUAGGACUGGGUGCCUGCGCCAUCUAUUUAUUUCUCAGCCAAACCAUUGGCGCUGUGGCACUGUUCUCGGCAUCCGUAGCUGCAGCCACAGUCUUUCACCUACCCAUACAAUGGACUACGUUGGGCAUCGGAGUAGCAGGAACCGUCUAUACGGCAUUGGGCGGGCUUCGAGGCGUCGUGUGGACAGACUGCGUGCAGGCCUUCUUAAUCCUGAUGGCACCUGUGACAGUCAUUGGAAAAAUCAUCUACGACUCGAGACGUACGGACGUUUUGCUGAGGCCCCUGAGUGACAUAAACAUGAAGGAGUACGCUUUCAGGAUGAACCUCGACUUCACGAAUGACGAAAACUUUUGGGCUUGCUUUCUUGGCCUGCUCGUCCACAAUCUUCUUCGCACCGGCAUCGAUCAGAGCGUCGUCCAGAGGUACAUGGCGUCCAGGACUAUCAAGGAAGCGCAAAGAACGAUGUGCAUUGGAGUCUUCCUGAACAUCAUCUACAUGAUUGUCAUCGGAGUGAUGGCGAUGGCCUUGAUUUACUGGUUCCGAGACUGCGAUCCCUUAUUGACCGGCGAAAUUAAGAAGUACGAUGAGAUUCUGCCUUACUAUGUGAAGCAACACCUCUUCAGUUUUCCGUGUUUUUCUGGUCUUUUCCUAACUGGCGUCGUCAGCGCAGCCACAAGCACGAUAUCCUCUAUUAUCAAUUCUCAAGCCGCUGUGUGCUACAUGGACGUUGUCUCUAUGUUCGUCAAACUCGAAGAUCAUACGGCCAGCCACUUCACAAAGGGACUAGCAUUUCUUUUCGGAAUCCUCAUGACCAUCUACUCAAUGAUUGUGCCCUACUUGGGAUCAGCAGUUCGGGUGGUUGUUGUGAUGCACAAUGGAGCUUCCGGUCCAUUUGUCGGGAUGUUUCUCUUGGCGUUCUUAUUUCCUUGGGCAAACAGCAAGGGUGUGGUUGCAGGCACGCUCCUCACAACGGCUCUGCAGUUCUGGCAAAUGUUUGGAAAGAUCUAUUACGGGAUCAGAGCACCCAUGAUGCCAGUCAGCACGGACUACUGCCCCGCUAACUCAACUAUGACAAUAGACGCGAUGCGUACGUCAUCCUACUCCGCUGCUCACAGCAAUGCCGAUGUGUUCCCGUUGUACCGUUUCUCGUCGAACUGGGGUGUCUUGGCUUCUGCGGGACUCACAAUACUCAUCGGCCUGGUCGUCAGCCUUCUCACAGGCGGAAGAGAAGUUAAUGAGAAACACACACAGUUGACGAGUGAUAUUUUCGUCUCUUUAUGGAGGAAAUUGGGCCUGCUUCCCCGAUACGAAAAGGCAAAGAUCGCCGAGAUUUUACCUAUAGAUGACGACGACUCAACGUCAGACACGAAGACGACCUUGACUCUACUGGGCAACGAGAGCUUUGUAUAGAAACGAAGGAUUAGAAUUCAACACGACGAUUCGCACUCUGUUAUGUCACACAGGCCACACAUUGGUGAUCCUUUCUGCUUUUAACUAGUAACUAUUACGCUGGAGUCAUGGAGCAAGAAACAUUUAGGAGGUGAUACCCCCGUCAGUACGGGCGUGCGGGGGCGACCAGCUAAUAGUCUUUUAGCAAGUUAAGAAAAUACGGUACGCAAAUACGAUACGGUAUUACGGUACCGCUCCUCCUUUCUCGCUCGUUGUGAUUUUGCCCUCCUAAUUCCAGUGAAGGCACCCCAACACCACAAAACAUUUUUCAAAGAUGGUUGUGGGCUUGUGACGCCUCAUAGUUGCCUCUCAGCCUGCGCAUUGUUAACGAGGAACCGUUCGUUCAGGAGAUGCACUGUCACUAGAACUGGGAGAGGCCUAAGCAUAACGAGCGAGAAAGGAGGAGCGCUACGGUAAGGCCUUACCGUAUUUGCGUACCGUAUUUCCGUAACAUGCUAAAAGACUCUGUUGUCACAAGAAUAGUAUGCGCCGGCGGGGGCACAUCAAGUGGCGGUGCCUUGCGGCGCGAAGCGGCAGCCACGGAAAGCGAAAAAAAAAAAAAUGUGAAAGGCCGGUCGAGUACUUCCGCACGCGCUCUCUUCGGCGACGUUUUUGAGGAAACGACACCGACGUUGCUGUUGUUAGUCUACCCUUCGCCGUUGACAUUACGCUGCUCGGCGAAAGGAAUGUGCCGAUGCAGAGGAGGUGGGGGAGGAGGCGACCAAUGCCAGGCCUCGCUGGGCGCGAGAAGCAGAGGCGCGGUGGCGACGAGGCGACCGUUUAUGGUUAAGG